AUGGCAUCCUCAUCAUUCUUGCAUGCGUUGCUUCAUCGUGCAGUCAAUUGCACAGAAGCAACCUUCCAGGUGCAUUUAUCUUUAUUCAGUAGCAGCAAAAAACAGCAUUCGUCUGCGACUGAUCUUCUAACUAAUCACAACUAUGAAAAGCUUUGCGGCGCCAAUUUAUUCAAUGCCAGCCCCAUUGCCAGCUGUCCCACGGAUAAUGGUGUGCGUGGUGAUGGCCGUCGAAUACUCCGUGGUGUGGUCCAAAGUGUCCAUGAUGGUGAUGAUCAUGAUGGCCAAAAUGAUGCGGAUGCCACGAACCAUGCCAGCCGUCGUCCCACCAACCGGAUGCACCGGCUGCUGCCACUAUUGCUGACAGGAUUAUCAGCAAUACGUUUGACACCAUCGUUGCAGCCUAAAUUCAAAAUGCAUCACUGUAGGAACGCUUCUAUUUUCGCAUUUUCGCUCUCACAAGCUGGCAGUGAAUGUUGCUGCACACAUACGCGGCUCUUAUUCGUUUAUGCAGCACUUCCAAAACAUACUGAAGUGCGAGAAGAAACGCUGCGGUUGGACAUGGAUAAUUCAGUUUUGGAAAUAUGUAAGCAAGCAGCUGAAUUUCUGAUAAAAAAAGUCACUGGCAACAUAUACCAGGAAGGCCUGUGCGAUUCAUUUUUGCGAUAUUUCGUGCUGUUGUAA